CUGGUGUAAGCCCUGUGGCUUUGUGGUUACACUCAGAAUUAAACAUACAAAAAGUGCCUAAAAAGGUACGAAUGCUUGUCACUGGGGCGGUACCCUAUAGAUACAAUAAAUACAUACUAAUUUUCACCCAAUGAGAAUGUUAUUGUACUUUUAGAAAUUAUCCUUGAAGAACAAAACUGUACCUCCACUGUCACUUGUGUAGAGAGCCAGGCUUGGAAGAUGAAUAUUGUUGGUUUGGCAUGGCUGUUGUAUCCCUAGCCUUGACCUGAAUUGCUUCAGCAAGUAACCAGCUGUCUGAGCAUGCAAAAGGUUGAAUGAAAGUUAUCCUUGAAGCAGUUUGUCUUGAAUCAAGGAAUCCUCAAGCUCUCAGUAGAAGUCGAAUAAAAGGGGCUUCAGAUUACACGUUCGCCUACACCUCUCCACCUCCGGCCCUCGCACCAGCUCCAACCCCACCCCUCUCCUCGCCAUGGAGCCCAAGAAACCCACGGUGUGGGGAAACCUGCGUCAGAAAGCCAAGCCCCUGUUCCGGAGGCUGCACGGUAAAGGCGCGGGGAAGAAGCGCCCUCUGGCCAACCGCAUGAGCAUGUCGGUCCCCGACCUCCGGUGCAUGGACGAGCCGGACGUGCUCGACUGCGUCUACCUGCCCCAGGGCGACGGGCUGUCCUACAGCAGCUCCUCGUCCUCCUCCGCCAGCGCCACCGUGCCCACCAUAGACGAACACGCGGAGCCCGCCCCGGUGAGGAGAGCGGUCGAACCGAGGAAAAAAAGGGCCGAGCCCACAAACAGGUGGAGUCUGGACUUUGACGCAAUCGAGACAUCCGUGCCCGCAGACAAAAUGGCCGUGCCCGCAGAGAAAACGCCCGCGCUCGCAGACAAUCCGCAUAGGCCGGUUCACAGACUGGCCAACCAGGGAGAUAAGCAGAUUUUAUGUGCAGAAAGCCAGACCAAAUUGUCUGACGGAGUGAGCGUGCCCACAGAGGAAGCGCCCGUGCCGGCUGUGAGGGUGACCAUGUAUACAGACCGACUGACCACGCCUGCAAAUGGGGUUACGUUUCCUUCUGACACCAUAACUGAGACAUCAGAAAGAGAGACCAAACCUUGGGAAAGGGUGACUCUGCCUUCGGAGAGAGAAAAUGACGAAAUGACCUUGCUUGAAGAGAGAGCAAUUGAAGCUGGAAGAGUGACCGCACCUGCAGAAACGCCGACCGUCACUUCAAGAACACCGGAUGAGCCCGUUGACAAACCGACCGUGCCCAGAGAGAGGGCGACCGUGGCCGCACUUGUGGAAAGGGCGACCAUGAAUUUGGAAAGAAAGAAUACGCCCCCAGACAAACCGACCACGGCCGUUGAAAGCGUGGCCGCGCCUCAGGAGAGGGCGACGCAUUUGGAAAGAAAGAAUGCGCCCCCAGACAAACCGACAACGCCCGUUGAGAGAGUGACCGCGCCUACAGAGAGGGCGACCCCACCGACCACCAAAACUGAAAGAAUAACCGCAAUAGUGGAAAAGGUGACCACGCACCACGACAGACUGGCCGCUUUGCAGCACAAGCUGGCCGGCCUGGCGCACCGCGGUCACCGUGGCGACCGUGGCGACCGUGGCGACCGUGGCGACCGUGGCGACCAUGGAGACCGGCAGAGCCGGCCGCCGGCCAGUGCCUCCCCGCGGGGGAAACGCAUUCACUCAUUCGGCGACGUUGAAACCGAGCUCUGGGGGCUGAAAGAGCUGAAAAGUUCUGGACUGCUCUCCACCCAGGCCGAGGAGACCGCCAUGGACUCGUCGGAGGACGGCAGUGAGCAGCAGAACAGGGAUGGCAGCGAGACUGACCCCAGCACCACGCAGGAGGAACAGGCAUCCAAGGCGGCUGGCGACGGCACAACUUCCACAGGGCAGAAGACCUUCUAUCUUCUCACCAUCACUCUGAGGGAGGGCAAGAACCUGGUCAUACGGGAUCGCUGUGGCACAAGCGACCCUUACGUCAAGUUCAAACUGGACGGGAAGACGUUCUACAAAAGCAAAGUCGUCUACAAAAACCUCAACCCCACAUGGAACGAGUCCUUCUCUUGUGUUGUCAAGGACCUGGAUCAGAGUCUGCAUCUCAGGGUCUAUGACCGGGACCUGACCACUGAUGACUUCAUGGGCGCUGCUAGCAGUAUAAAGCUCAAGGAUCUGGAACUGGACAAGACCUCUGAGAUGGCACUCCCCCUAGAGGACGCAAACAGUAUUGAGGACGAUAUGGGCACCAUUCACAUGGACCUCAAUCUCUCAGUCAGGGACGAGGAGCCAAAACGACAGGGGUGGCUAAGGAGGAAAAGGAGCAUCAAGGGGGCCGGCCAGCCCCGUGCCAGGCAGAAUUCGGUGGACAUCCUGGGGAAGAGCCAGCUGUGGAGUGCGGUGGUGGGAGUGACUCUGGUGGAGGGGAAGGACUUCCCCCUGGACGGACAGGGGGACGUGUUUGUGCGCUGCAGGCUGGGAGAUCAGAAGUACAAGAGCAAGAACCUCUGCAGGCAGGCCAACCCACAGUGGAGAGAGCACUUUGACUUCAACCAGUUCCAAGAUGGCCCCGAUUUGCUGGAGGUGGAGGUCAUGACCAAGGAGGGAAGGAAGGUUGACGAGUGCUUAGGAGUAUGCGAUGUGGAUCUGUUGCGUGUGCCGGUCGGGCAGAGUCAGCUGUAUACGCGUGUGCUGGGUCGCGGAAUCGGCAGUCUGGUUUUCCUGGUAUCUCUGACGCCCUGCACGGGGGUGUCCAUCUCAGACCUGUGCACCCCCCCGCUGGACGAGCCGUGUGAGAGAGAUUCUCUCAAGGAGAGAUAUUGUUUGAGGAACUCUUUCCAGAACACGCGAGACGUUGGUUUCCUCCAGGUGAAGGUCAUCAAAGCCACAGAUCUUCCGGCAGCCGAUCUGAACGGAAAGAGCGAUCCUUUCUGCGUGUUGGAGUUGGGGAACGACAGACUGCAAACUCACACCAUCUACAAGAACCUGAACCCAGAGUGGAACCAAGUUUUCACCUUCCCGGUCAAAGACAUUCAUGAUGCCCUGGAGGUCACCAUUUAUGACGACGAUGGGGACAAAGCACCGGACUUCCUGGGCAAAGUGGCCAUCCCUUUGCUUUCAAUACACAACGCCGAACAGAUCCCCUACCUGCUGAAGAAAGAGGAGUUGGACAGGCCGUACAAGGGCAGCAUAACCUUGGAGCUGGAGGUUUUGUACAACCCCGUUCGAGCGAGCAUCAAAACAUUCAAACCCAAGCAGAAUAAAUUUAUGGAGGACAACCCAAAGUUUUCUAAAAAGGUGCUGGCGCGGGACGUGUACCGUGUGAGGAAGAUCACGCGCGCCGUGCUCUACACGCUGCAGUACAUCAAGAGCUGCUUCCAGUGGGAGAGCACGCAAAGGAGCGCCAUCUCACUGGUGAUGUUCGUCUUCACGGUGUGGCACUGGGAGUUCUUCAUGCUGCCACUCUUCCUCUUCCUCCUCAUCGUCUGGAACUACGUCCAGGUCACCACCGGGAAGGUCAGCCACACCAUUGACCUGGAGACCAUGGAGGUAGGAGACGAGGAAGAGGACGAUGACAAGGAUGGAGUAAAACGAGGAAUGAGGGACAAGAUUCACAUGAUUCAGGAGGUGGUGGUCACCGUUCAGAACCUGCUGGGAGAAGUGGCCUGCAUUGGGGAAAGAAUCAAAAACACUUUCAACUGGUCGGUGCCAUUUCAGUCCAUCCUGGCUGGUCUGGUCCUGCUGGUGGCGACGGUGUUGACGUUCUUCAUCCCGCUGCGCUACAUCGUGUUAGCAUGGGGUAUCAACAAGUUCACCAAGAAACUGCGGAAGCCCUACGCCAUCGACAGCAACGAGGUUCUGGACUACCUGAAGCGCGUGCCGUCGGACAUUCAGAAGGUGCAGCACCGGGAGCUGAGGGCCACCAGCAGCCACAUGCCGCUGAAGAAGAAACGCUGAGGCCCCGUGGGGCCCCCCGGGGCCCGGGAGGGGAAGGUUAGGGGCCCCCGUCGCCUGAUAGAGACCAUGCCCUCUUCGUCACACGUACCCCGGCCCCCUUUUCCCAACCUGCGUACCUGACAGAGAGGGGUGUCUAUCUGGCCUGCUUGCCUUGGCCUAACCUACCUGAGGGGAGAGUCUAGGCCAACCAAAAAAGAGGUCGUAACCACAGGGACUGUAAACUUGGACCACCGAAUGGAUUGACAGUAUUGAAUCAAGCCCUUUUCACCUGUGUGUUCCCUAUGGACCAGCGGUCCUCACUGCUGGUCCUGGAGAGCCGCAGGGUGUGCUGGCUUUUGUUGUUCCUCAGCACUUAAUUGAUCAAUUAAAGUGGUUAAUUACACAGUUAACUCACCUGACCUGGUUCCUUGUAUCUGACUUGGUUGCUGAUAUUAAUUAAGGCGGAAACAUAAACUGCCAUACCCUGCGGCUCUCCAGGACCAGGAAUGAAUAUCACUGCUCUGGACUCUGACCAAGGUAACCAAGGGUGCCGAGGAUUGUCAUUGUAUUCACCACCAUACACUCUGCGGAGAACUUUACCCACUCAACCCUGAGGCUGAACAAUCAUCUGGAUUUAACACUAUGUCAUUGCUGCCACUCUGAAACAAACCGCACUUUACAAUGCGGGUGGUAUUUAAUUCAAUUUACAGUGUUCCUGGUAGUGCAGUACAGUAAGUUACAGUUCUCGCAACUCCUGUUAUUAUUGCUGUUUUAACAUUCCCCCAAUUAUUAUUAUUAUUUUUUACAUUUCUUUUAGAGGAAAAUCUUUGUAACAAUUGGAAACCGAGGUGGUUUUAAUUCUCACUUUUAAAGUUUUAAAUGUGGAAUUGAAAGAUUUAUUCGUCCAAAAGAGAGCACUGACAGCACCUUGAACUAAAACUUGGUUAAAAUUUCCUCAUCCCAAAAUAUUCUUCUACAAUUUAUCUUAUGUCUGAAUAUCAUUUUAUAUAAAACUAUUUUUGCCUAACACACAAAGACUAUUUAAUAGGGGCUAGGGGUGGCAUUAAUGUGAAAAUACUGUCAUGUAAAUGCAUUACUCUCCUUUUUAAAUCACACUAAUAAUACUGGUGCUUAUCAUAAAUGAGCAACUAUAUUGUAUGCCAUAAUGCGCUGUUUGCUUAUAAGUAAAAAGGCUACGGAAGAUUGCUGAGGGUUUUUUAGCAAAUAUAAGGGAUGUACUUACUAUGUAAUUCAAAUUUUUUUAUAAGACUCAUCCGAUAACACAGUUGCUUUGCAUCCCUAUUUCAUAUACCUAUUGUUAUUAAACAGAAUGCUAAAUAUGGAUGGAUGGAUGUACAUGUUGAUGGUGUAUGUAUAUGUUCUCUGAAUGGACCGUGUAAAUAUGUUUAUAAAGCAAUAGGAAAGGG